CUAAAGGCGCACGGAGGUCACCGGCCGCUGAGAUGCAGGAAAUGGGAAUGCUGCAUCCACCUCGCGGGUUCUCGCCUCUCUCUUUUCCCCCCGAAGUGCCUCCUCUAAAUACCCUGAUCUCUGCUGCUUGCUUCCUCGGCUGCCCCUGCCCUCAUUCUCGCUUCUCGAUUGCACGAUGGAGGGUCAGCACAUAAUGGCCCAGGUUCACAUCCAGACGCCAGUCUCCUCCUCCUCGUCGUCCUCUUCUGUGGCGGGGGAAGAAUCCAGGAAGCUGCCCAACCCGGUUCGAGUGGCAGCCCGGGAAAGGAUGGCAGGAGGCCGUUUGUUGGACAGUCACAGUUUGGAUGGCAUCAGCCAGGUGUAUGGAGCCUCCAAGGCCCAAGAAGGCAGGAGGGCCACUAUAUCCAGUGCGCUGGAGCUGGAGGGGACAGUGAGCCACGAUGGGGACCUGACCCAUUUUGUGGCCAACAAUCUGCAGAUGAAGAUCAAGAUGAGCUCUCGGGGGAGCCUGGAUGAUACGGAGCCCACCACCUCCUCCUCGAUGUCAUCGCAGCUGUCUGUAAGGGGUAAAGCCGCAGAUAUCCCUCCGAUCGACCCAGAGGUGAUUCGGGAUCUGGAGAGGCUGGCCAGGGAUGUUGCACAGAGAGUGGACCAGAUGUUGAGAGUCUUGAACGGUUCUAUCCAGAACAUGACAGCCUUAAGCGUGGGCUACAUCCAGACUUACCGGGAUGCUGUGGACAGCUUGGGUGAAUCCGUAGACAUGAGCAUCAAAGGGAUGUACACCCUGAUGGCACGAUGCGAGGAGCUGGACCGUUCCAUGCAGCCUGUACACACGCUCGCUAAACAGAUCCGGGAGAUCAAGAGGACACUAGAGAUCUUUGAGGCAUUUUGCAAGUAGUGCUGGUUUCAGAGUGAACUUGUUCAGUGGUGGGGAGCAAAGGCAAGGGAAGGGGGGACAGGACACUUUGUCUGUUGUGAUUCAAACUGCAAAAGGGAAAUGUGUUUUUUUUCUCAUGCUGUAAUAAAUGAAUUAUUGCAGUAUCUCUCAAGCUUUAUGAAAUUUUGCUUCCUCCUAAUUUUUUAGACCUCUCCUUACACAUCCAAUCUUGAAAUAUCUUUGGGGGCUCACAGGCCCAGCCCAUACAACUCUUGUACCGCUUCUAGAUUCCUUCAUGUUGCUUCAAACCCUGACAAGUUCCUACUUCACCAGUGCCAUUCUUCCUCUCUUCAUGCCUCUAUCUUCAGCCUGAGUUUCACUAAAUAAUGCAGCAUAUUUCAGUGACUGAAAGAAUAUGAGAAGCUGGUGUCACCAGUUGCUGGAAUAAAUAAUGGGGAUGCAUCCACAGCUACCAGCCCCAUCCUUUUCUAUGUUCCUAUUUGGCAAAGGCUUCCCUUCUGGAACGGCACAGCAGCCAGAACAAACACAGAUGAUCUUCCUCAGGAGGGAUCCAGCAGCUGGCAGGGUCUAGCAGAAUGCCAAGUUACUUAAUUUUUUUAAAGUAUUUCUCAUUUGAAAGGUUGACUGAAGGGUAUAUAUCAAGAAAUAAAUCAAUUUAUUUUAUAAUGUGGCUAAUCCCUUACAUGUGUCUUGGUAUAAAUAAUCCUACUUCAAUGGAGUCGGUGCAUGUGAUUGUCUUCAGUGAUGAUAAAGUUCAACAUCACCCAAAGUGUAGCAAUGUCUAUUUGUGAAGCUGUUGUUGGUGUGCUGACAGGCAAAAGGGAGUGAAGGAGAGACAAGGGCCAGGAUCAUUGGGAACAAGCAGAGACCAAGAAACACUUGCCAACACCUCAGGACUUGCCUCAGUAAUUGGGUAGAGGAUCAGCCCCACUUGCUAAACAAAAUGGUUUUGUGGACAGUUUGACUUAAGUGCUGCGUGUCCUGCAU